AUGUUCACCCCAUCCAUCCUGAUUCUACUCGCCUCAGCCGGUCUCAUUGAGUCCCGGUCUGUCCUCGAUGCACGACACCAUCAUGGUCUUCAUAGACGUGCGACUGACAGCAGUGAUGCUUCUGCUACCACAUUGGCUGCCAAUGCUAUCCAAAGUGGUUCUUUCGUUGACGGAAGUGAGCAAGUUGGAGCCAAUGAAGCCAACCAAGCCAAGUCACAAACUUCCACAAACAACUUCAUCAACUUUUGCUCUGGGAAAACCUUGAGCAAUGGCCUUCAGAUCGUCGGCGGGUCUUGCAAUGGAAUUCCCAUGGGUGAUCUUCCUGCCAAGACAGCAAUGGUCUCCAGCGUGAUCACAUUUCCUCUUGCUGGAAGUAAAAAUAUUGAGUCAGAUACCACGUUCAACAUCACUGUUCAAAUGUCCAAUUUGGUAGCCGGUUCAUUUACCAAUGCCGAUGCCACCUACUUCAGCGCUCCUCAAUUUCUCUCCGGUGGCCAGGUUGUUGGUCACACCCACGUUACUGUUCAAGACAUGGGUGCUUCUCUCAACCCCACUGUCGCUCUUGACCCCACUCAAUUUGCCUUCUUCAAGGGUAUCAACGAUGCUGGAAAUGGCAAGGGUCUUCUCUCUGCUACUGUAACUGGUGGUCUCCCUGCUGGAAAUUACAGAGUUUGCACUAUGGCAUCUGCUUCUAAUCAUCAACCGGUUAUCAUGCCUGUUGCCCAGCGUGGCACUGCCGAUGAUUGCACCAAAUUCACCGUCAUUGGAAGCGGUACUACCGCAAAUGCCGCAUCUAACGAUGGCUCAGGUGGACUGGCCGCUGCUGCUUUGGCCGCCAGUGCUGUCGCCGCCGGUCCAGGAGCUAUCGAGAGCAGUGCAUCUUCGGUUGACUCAAGCACCUCAACCUCAGAAGCAUCGACUACCACCAAUGCUGGAAAAGGGAGCAAGGAUACUACCACGUCCACCUCUGAAGCCUCAACCACCACAAAGGCUGGGAAGGGGAGCAAGGACACCACUACGCCAGCCUCUGAGGUUUCGACGACCACAGAUUCUGGAAAGGGAAACAAGGACACUACUUCCACGUCAAGCGCUGAGUUGUCUACUUCUACCACAUCCUCUAAGGCUGGAAAGGGAGGAAAGGACGUCUCCUCAUUCCGCUUCUCCAACACCACUGUCGCUGCUACCACGACAAAGUCAAAUGGAAAGGGCGGAAACCAAGGAAAUGCUCUCACCACCUCAAGCUCAUCUCUUUCUACUUCGUCGGUUUCUAUAGCAAGCACGACAACAAAGUCUGACAAGACCGGCAAGGGCAACGUCGUCUCAACUGCUUCAAGCUCUACCGAGACCACAAUCAUUCAAAAGGUUGUUGUCAUCGAGACCUUCUUUGAAUUCGUCCUCUCUCUUGGUGGCCUUCCUCCUUCGGUCGGAAAGCAAGGCGAAUCGUUCGUUGUUCUCGAGGAAGUCUUUGAAGACAUCGUCUCAGCUGCAGGAGCCGCUUGUACUGCUCAAUUCAACACCUGUGUUGGCUUUUCUGGGCCAGGCUUCUCUUUCGAAGAAUGUUCAUCCCAAAAAGAAUCUUGCGGAUCAGCAGCCUCAACUCAGACAUCUGCAUCCUCGCCAGCGACUCUCACAGCGACGGCCACCGUCCCUCCAAGUGCCACGGUAACCGGAUCCGUUAUUUCAGAAGCUACCAUCACUACCAGCGUCGCUGCGACGACUUCUCAAGAAGCUGUAGCAGUCGUCACUAGCGAAUCUGCUGCUCAAACAACACCUGCUGCCGUCCUAGCCUCAUCCACCGAAUCCACAUGUGCUCUUGUCACAAGCACAGUCUGGGUCGAUGCUCCAUCCUCCACUCUGGCCGUCGCAGACGUUGCCUCGUCCUCCAUCCCCUGCUCAUCCGUCAUCCCAUCCUCCACCACCUCAGCCGCACUCAGCACCUCAACUGCAUCCCUCAUCGCUGAUGCUUCUGCCCUAGGAGGUAUCGCCGCCCCAGCCAUUACCAACUCGGGCGAUUCCACUCGUCCGUUCGAGGUCAAUGGCAACACGUUCGUCAACGAAGCCGCUGCCGUGCAGAGGAGUUGCGAUAUCCAGUUCAACGCCUGUGCUAAUGCAUUCAACUCUGGUGCUGCGGCGGGCGCGUUCAAUCUUGCGGAUUGCCAAAAUCAGGAGGAUGAUUGUAUUUCUGCUGGUAGUUCGUAA